GACCGGAAGUGAUGUAAAACUAAUGAGUCACAUUUUGUUCCGAAAACAGCGGUCUCCAGGUCAGAGAGUUUGUUUUUGAAGUAUUUCUUGAUAUUUUGGUCAAUUUUCACAAAAUACUUGACGAUACUCAUGUUUAUCUAUGACGCAUAUCAGUAAAGCAAGGAUUUAAUCUGUCCGCUAAUCUACAAAAUAUCUGCCACUAUAACUAGCUAGCUAAGGUUAGCUAUUUCGAUGAUUGGUUAGCUAAUUUAGCUAGCAAAUGUAAUGUAAAAAGGACCUGCGUCUUCCGUUUGUAAUCAAGCUAGUGCAGAAGGCUAUGGCGUGCACUUUGGAAAAGGUUCUUGGCGAUGCUCGCACGCUGCUUGAGAGGCUCAAAGAGCACGACACGGCGGCAGAAGGACUGAUCGAGCAGUCUGGAGCGCUCAGCCAGAAGGUUCAGGGCAUGAGAGAGGUGGGGAAUGCCCUUCCAGACAAGUACACGGAGGAAAGUUCUGAGAUACAGGAGUUGUCAAAGUACAAGCCUCACGUCCUGUUAACGCAAGAGAAUACCCAAAUAAAGGAACUACAGCAAGAAAACCGAGAACUGUGGUUGUCUUUGGAGGAGCACCAGUAUGCGCUAGAAUUGAUCAUGGGUAGAUACCGCAAGCAAAUGCUACAGCUUAUGAUGGAAAAGAAGGAGCUGGACACAAAGCCUGUUCUUAGCCUUCAUGAGGACCAUGCCAAGGAAGUGCAAAGCCAACUGGAGCGGAUAUGCGAGAUGGGUCAGGUGAUGAGAAGAGCUGUUCAGGUGGAUGACCAGCACUACUGCUCUGUGCGAGAGAGGCUUGCCCAACUAGAGAUUGAAAACAAGGAGCUGCGAGAUCUACUGACCAUUAGUAAGAGUUCUGUGAGGCCACAGAAGGAAGACUCCAGCCAAUCAGCGACAGAGGAAGAAGCCGAACCGGGGACCAAUCAGUGAUGGAAUCGAUAGAGAAGAUCUCAGUUGCAUACUCCUCGCAUCCUCUCCUCGUCUCCUUCUCAAAACCUUUUGGAUGAGAAAGCCAGAGGUCCCGCCCCUCUGACAUUCUCCUCCAGUGGGUUUUGAGGAGAGAGGACAGUAGGAGUAUGCAAUCGAGAACUUCCCAUAGAGAGGAGUUUGGAUUGUUCAUGGAGAAGAACAGUUCCCUGGGGCCACAAGACAGGGUUGAUUACAUUUUCACCACCGGUCACCCCUUCCCUUUAAGACAAAGUCCAUGUUUUGUGUUGUUAGUUACCAUUUAAUAUAUAUUUCCAAAGGUGCUCCUGCUGCCCAAUGAAGCACUGUAAAGGCACAGAGAAGAGAGAAUACUGUUUUUGUCGGGAAAGAUUAGCUCCUGUACAACAGUUUUAGUAUAGAGGGUGAACUUUUGCAUUGGCCAAAGAUAAUCACAUUUGCUUUUUAUGGCAUGGUCUCUAGCUUUUCAUUUUGAGUCAUUUGUUCAAAUGUACUUGCAACAUUGUAGAAAUAAUCAUGUGGUCAAUUCAUGGGAAACCAAAUGCCAACUCUCCCCCACAUGGUUUAGCAAAUGUUAUGCUGUCAAACUGCAAGUCUUGAUGUUUAUUCCCCUGGGCCUGAUAUGACAUCUUGUCUCCAAAUGUUUCAAAUCAAAUUGCGUUUUUCACAUGGGCUUACUUAUGGGCCCUUAACCAACAAUGCAGAGUUUUUAAAACAGUAAGAAAUUCAGUCAAUCAAUUUUCAGUCUGACUUGCUUGUAGCAGAUUAACAGUUUGUAUCUGUAUGUAAUUAUCUGCUACAUUAGAACUAUUAGAAAUAUUUUGUUAAUGUCUGUAAUUCAUGUGUAAAAAUAUAUAUUUUUCAUGUCUGGUAUAAUACUUACAUAAUGAGUCAGUGUGUGAUGUUCUUGACAUUAGCGUUUGACCAUAACUUAGAUUUGAGGAUCUUUUUUUAAAUUUUAUUUUUAACAAUCCAACAGCUUGACGGACUGUUGUCAAAUUGUAUAUGACAUUGUCAUCUCAGGAAACUUUCUUGUCAUUAUUGCAAAAGUGAGCUGUAAUUUCUUCAAUGCUUUGAUGAGUGAAUUUAUUAAUUUGAUGUGUCAAAUAAAUAUUAAUCAAAUGCCUAA